CCAACAGGGGUGCUUUGCUUGCAUUUCCAAGGCACCCCCUGCACGGCAAGGAUCACCUGUCCUGUCUCCCUCAUCUGUCGUUUGCCUCAUGGAGAACAAGAGCUGCAAAGGGGAUAGCCUGAGGCCACCAGUCCAGUGCAAACACUCUGUAGAGAAGAAGACGAUGACUAAUCCCACCACAGUGAUAGAAAUCUACCCAGACACCACCGAGGUUCGGGAUAAAAAACUCCUCAACGACUUGAAUGGUGCUGUUGAAGAUGCCAAGACAGCCCGUCUUUUUAACAUAACCAGCUCAGCACUAGCCACCUUCUGCAUCAUCCUUGUCUUCAUCUUCCUACGAUACCCACUCACUGACUACUAGAACGUGGCCAGGAGGUGCUGCCCAAAUUCCCCUGUGCCAGAAGCUGCCGUGGAGUUUCUCGCAGAAGGGACACAAAGGAGCCAAACACUCGCAUAACUCCCUCCAAAGGGUGAAAGCCACCCUUUCCCAAAACAUAAAAGAAACAACAAGGACCCCGCCCCACACACAGCUCCCCCCAUAAUAGCCGAACUGGUAUGCAGACUUCUAUAGCAGAGAGUUUUACUUUUACAUUUUGUAAACAAAAGUAUUUAUUUUCAUGAUAAAGAAACAAGAUUUGAUGGUGAGAGGGAAACUCAGCACAGCUUAAUCAAAGGCGAUGGUGAAACACAGCUGGAGGAGAAAUGGAGAGAACAACAAUCUUGAGAUGGAGGUUAGCACAAGGUGAAUGGAAGAGAUGGGACAGGUGGCUGGCUCUACAGGGCAAAUUGAUCAGCCAACCGCUUUGGCCCUACCAACAAGGUCACAAUUUCAAGGCUCAAGAGAAGAAAUGGGGUAAAUGCUUGCUGUUAAGAGAUAGGCAUGGCCUUUGCAGAACAUAUCAGUUGCAUUCAGACUGCUUCCAACCCCUAUCCCUCUCCUCUCACCACUCUGUGUCCCCCCCCCAAUUCUCACACAAGACACCUUUGCUGUGUAUGUUUUAUCUGUUUCAGAUUUGUAUGACCAAAGCCCAUAAUAGCUUGCAAAAAUGUUUAAACCAGGAAAUUUGGAUUCUAGGCAGUUUGCCCUAGUCUAUCCUGAUGAAUCCUGGAGCCUUCCAGGGUAAAUCCCCUGGGGUGGGGUGGGGUGGGGAGAUAAUAUUAAUAGUCUGUGAAACCUCAUGGAAAUGCUGAGAAUGUAGACAACUUAUGGGAAAUUUACAUAGAUCCUGUAUCUCUGUCAACUUUCAAUAAA